AUGCACAACAGUGAACCGAAUCCCCCAGGGGCAACAUUAUCAUCCCCCGAAGCACCAGAACCACCGCCCAGAGCCAUCGACGACGACGUCGCCGAGAUUCCAUCCUGGAGAAAAUGGGUCAUCCUCUUCGUCGUCUGCUGGAUGCCCCUCCCCAUGACAUUCUGGAGCACAGCCAUCAUGCCCGCCACCAUCGAAGUUGCCUCAGAUCUGGACAUACCAGUCACCACGAUCAACACCAUCAACGCCGGUGUUUUUGUCGCACAGGCCCUGUCGGGGCUGAUAUGGUUACCAAUCAGCACAAUUAUCGGUCGGCGCUCGGCGUAUCUUGCUGCGAACAUCGUGCUGUGUCUGUGUGCUGUCGGCGUCGCUGCGGCGCCGAAUUUGCCUGCGUUUGCGACUCUUUGGAUCUUGGGCGGCACUACGGGGCCGUUCUUUCUAGUCGCUGGACAGACCAUCCUAGCUGAUAUUUUCGAUCCGACGGCUCGUGGAACGGCCGUUGGAUUCUUCCUGGGGAGUUGUGUAUCCGCAAACUCAAUUGCGCCUCUCAUUGGUAGCAUCAUUGCGACUUUCACUAGCUGGAGAGUUAUCUACGGUGUCGAGGCUGGAAUGUCUCUGUUUGGGCUGACUCUUUCCUUCUUAUUCAUCCCCCGCGCGAGUGAAGUCGAGAAUCCAAAGCUGGCACAGCCCACACGUCCGCAGACGACGAAAGAAAUUCUUCAAACGUUCAACCCGAAACACGUGUUUUGUCAAUUUGUGUAUCCAAAAGUCAUUCUCGCUAACAUCGCCUGCGGUCUUUUGGGUUUCAACCAAUACGGUCUCCUCAGUUCUGUCCGUCGCGUGAUAAAUCCACGCUUCGAUCUCACAUCUCCCCUAUCGAGUGGUCUAUUCUAUCUAGCCCCCGGUGCAGGAUUUCUCGUCGGGAGUACCGUGGGAGGUAAGAUCUCCGACGUGGUGGUGAAGAGAUACAUGCGAAAGCGCCACGGGCAGAGAAUCCCCGAAGAUAGGCUCAACAGUAGCUUACCGAGUAUUCUCCUCAUCCUACCACUAGGCACGCUACUUUAUGGCUGGAGUGUGCAGAAGAGACUCGGCGGUAUGCCACUACCAGCCAUAAGUGCUUUUGUCGAGGGUUUUGCACUGAUGAGUUCUUUUAGUGGGUUGAACACGUAUGCUGCGGAAGUUCGACCAGCGCAUAGAACGGCGGUCAUCACGGGGAAAUACGUCGUUCAGUAUAGCUUCGGUGCUAUGAGUGUUGGCGGUGUGGUGCCCAUGAUUGAUGGAAUUGGCGUUGGUUGGGCAUUUACUGUUACUACGUCUUUAUCCCUAGUUGCGGGAAUUCUGGUCUUCCUGAUAGCAAGAUGUAGCAAAAGUUGGAAGCAAUAG